UUCUUCAUCCCAUCACAUAAACACAACGAGAGGUACACAAUGAGAAGGCUUAAAUUUGGCUUUUUUCCCCCCCAUUUUGCUGGCUUCUUUCUUAGUGUAGUUUUACAUAUUAUCAUCGUAUAUAAUUUGUGGGUUCCUUUUGUCCUCUUGUUUCUUCUUAUCUCUUUUCUUUCUUUUCUUUCUUGUAUUCAGUCUUUUGGCUUUAUUGUACUUUUUUUUUUCCUCCAUUAAAUAAGAUGUUGGUUAUCUCUUUAUUCAACCUUUGUCUGCCCUGAAUGAUCAUUAAAACGAAAGGGUUGUAGACCUUUCAUUGUAGAACCUGAAGAUUUGGGGAUACAUGUUUGAGAGCAUAUAUUAUAUAAUUGUUCCAUUU